CCGGCAGCGGAGGCAGCUCGGAACCGGGGGGUUCUCGCCCACCCCCGCCCGCCCCCGCCGUGGUUCGCCCCGCUCCCCCUGCCGUCGGCGGCGUGGUACGGCCCGGGGGCGGCGCGCUCGGCCCGGAGCCGCUCGGGGGGGGGCCGUGCCGGGCCGUGCCGGGCCGGGCUCCGGCGGGGCCAUGAGCGCGGCGGGCGGGCGGGACGCCUGCUGGAGAUAUCUGGACAUGGCCAGGGAAGCCAAGCCGAGCCGGGCCAGGCUGGGCCAGAAGAGGCAGCACAGCAGCAGCCUGUACCACGGUAACUGUGACCUGGACUACGAUCUCUACAGGGACGACUUCCCGUACCGGGUGUACGAGUACCAGAAGAUCCCACCCCUCAUUAACCGCAUCCCCGUCAAGGCCAGGAGAACUCACGCAGGAGCAGGAGGCAAAAGCAGCCCGAGCCCCCAGCCCGGGGCGCGGAGCAGCAGCAGCUCCACGGGGACACGGACAAAACUGCGAGCCGAGGAGCUGCACUCCAUCAAGGGGGAGCUGAGCCAGAUCAAGGCGCAGGUGGACAGCCUGCUGGAGAGCCUGGACCGCAUGGACCAGCGGAGAGAGCGGCUCUCGGGGUGCAAGGAGAGUGAGAAGAAGAGGGCGGAGGUGGGCGCAGCGUCACCGUCCCCGGGAGGAGAGGGCUCCCGGGGCAAGGAGGGGACAGGAGGGGACGGGCGCAGUGACCUGCGCACCAUCGACAGCGCGGAGGAGAGCACGGACACGGAGGAGACGAUGAGAAUGCACAUCUCGGACCCUGAGGGGAGCCACUAGACGGACUGGGUAUGCUGGAGCCUUCCCGGUGUGCCAGCAGCUCUUGUCUCGUGUCCGUCUUUCUUUCGAGGCUUCCAGCUCAUGCCACGCUGGUGCCAGGUCCCAGCUCCCAGCACUCACGUCCCCUGCCAUGGUGCCGGCAGCCCCGUGUCCCACCCUGGCCAGCCACGGUGAGAGAAGUCUGUGUUUGAGUGCGCUUUGGGUUUGGUUUGUUUUUUUUUGUUCCUCCUGUUCUCCGACUAGGGAUAAGUACACAGGGAAGGGAGGGUUGGAGAACAGAAAGCCCACGUCCCGAAGGAGCAGCAGCCUGGAGCAGAAAUCCGCAGUGUCCUCCUCCCUUGGAUAAAGUGUCCCAUACACAUCGGUCACAUCCCGAGCCCUUGCCCC